UUUUGUUGUUAUUUUUCGGGUACGGCAACACACAAAACUGCUGCGCGUCCAUGUCAAGUGAGUGGUCUCAUCUGUGUAAUACGAGAUCAAUAUAAAUUAAAAAUGCGGAAUCCUCACACAAAAUGAUGUUAUUUGUGUUUAAUUAUCGCGUAAUAUAUAAACUACAGACAUUGUGGUAAUCUUUGUCACCAUAAUAACAGUGAACUUGUGAUUGCUCUAAGACUACUUUGAAUACAUAGCAGCAAAGAGAAAAUGACUGAGCCAUCCUUUAUCUACAAAGUGAAGUGUUGAACUUAAUGUGAAAACUGUAGUGUACAUUAUGUAGAAAGAAGUUAAAAUUAGGUGUGGACAGUGGCGUAUCAGCGUUGUUUGGGCGUAACUGUGUUAUUAUGCGGAAAAGAUGAUGUGGUCGUUUGUGGUGGCGGCGGCCGCGGUGGUGACGGCGCUGAAUGCGCGAGCCGAGCAGGUGUUGCUUCUCGAUACCACCACUGAAGCGACCCUUGGCUGGACGCGCUUCCCUUACGGCGCUCAAGCGAGCACCCCCGGCUGGCUCGAGGAGUCCUACACUAACUUCGAGAAACAGAUCAACUGGCGAUCGUACGUGGUAUGUGACGUCGCGCAUCACAAUGUUAAUAACUGGCUCUGGACGCCAUUCAUCGAACGCAGGAAUGCUAAUCGUAUUUAUAUUGAAAUCAAGUUCACGAUAAGAGAUUGCUCAUUGUUUCCUGGUAAUGCCCUGAGCUGCAAAGAAACUUUUAGUUUGCUGUAUUAUGAGUUCGACGUCGCCACGCGAGAGCAGCCUCCCUGGGAGCCAGAGAGCUACAAACUUGUAGGAAGAAUAGCUGCAGGUGAGGGUCGCUUCAACACUAAUUCUGAAGUUGAUAUCAACACAGAGGUCAAAAGCAUUGCAGUCACUAAGAGGGGCGUGUAUUUCGCCUUCAGAGAUCAGGGUGCAUGUAUAUCAAUAUUGGCAGUGAAAGUCUACUACAUCACUUGUCCAGAAGUUACUGUUAACUUUGCGAGGUUCCCAGCCACACCAACUGGUCGUGAGGUUACAGUCAUUGAACAGGCCAAUGGUACUUGUGUGGAGAAUGCAGAGACAGCACCAGGUGAGGUUCCUCCAGUUUAUUUAUGCAAGGGUGAUGGUAAGUGGACUUUACCUAGUGGCUCAUGCAAAUGCCGUGCUGGAUUUGAGCCUGACCUAAACAAUCAAGUGUGUAAUGAAUGUGCACCUGGAAAAUUUAAAUCUCACACUGGUGAUGACCCCUGCAUUACUUGCCCAGAUUAUUCUGAAUCUACAGCUUAUGCUGCUGCAGAGUGUAAAUGCGUACCAGGUUUUUAUAGAGCCAAAAAAGACCCUAAAAAUGUGCCCUGCACACAGCCACCUUCAGCACCAGUCAAUCUUACUGUCACAUUUGCUGACCAGUUUUCUAUUUCACUAGCUUGGCAACCACCACAUAAAACAGGAGGACGUAAUGAUAUAACUUACAGAGUCUUUUGUUCCAACUGUGGUCCUAGCAUUGAGUACAGACCAGCUGCAACUGGUUUAAACAACACCAGAGUUACUGUAAUGGGAUUGGACCCGGUUACUGAGUAUAAAUUCCAAGUUUAUGCUGAAAAUGGGGUGACUGAGCAAACUGGAGAAGAACCUAAAAAGGUUGAAAUUACUGCUGUAACAGAAGCCUCAGUUGUUAGUGUUGUCUCUAAAUUGCGCAUCCUGAGUGUAGAAAGUGACAAGCUAUCUUUAGCAUGGAACCCACCACCCAUAGAUCUGACUGAUCCUGAUGAUACAAUAGAAAGCUAUGAAGUGAAAUGUUUCCCUAAGGAUAAUAUGGAGAAAAGUGCAAAUGCCACUCUAAAAAUCUCUAAAGAACCUCAUGUCAUAAUAACUGGUCUGAAAAGAGAUACUGAGUAUGGUAUUAGAGUAAGAGCAAAAAUGAAGCGUGGUUGGGGUGAAUUCAGUGGUAUAGUCUAUGCACGCACAGGAUCUGUGCUUGAAACAACAUUUGUAGGUGAAGAGGAGGGAGCGCAGGUGCGAUUAGUAGCUGGUGUGAUGGUCGCAGUGGUUGUACUGUCGGUCGUUGCAAUUAUUGCUACUGUACUAUUUCUACGUUCACGAACAGAUGACGAAUGUGACAAAAAGCAACCCAGUGACUGUAAUGCGCUCAACUAUAGAAAUGGAGAAGUGUACACCGGACCUGAGCGUCCUGCGAAGACCAGCAGUAACGCCACAACACCAUUGUUUGCUGGGACAGGCUCCAGAACGUAUAUUGACCCCCACACUUAUGAAGAUCCUAAUCAGGCAGUUAGGGAAUUUGCACGCGAAAUCGACGCUUCUUGUAUUACAAUAGAAGCAAUUAUUGGUGGCGGCGAAUUCGGAGAUGUCUGCCGAGGUAAACUUAAAUUACCAGCGAGUUGUGGUCAAGAGAUUGAUGUGGCCAUUAAGACCCUUAAACCGGGCUCCACAGAACGCGCGAGACGUGAUUUUCUCGCUGAAGCGUCAAUAAUGGGACAAUUCGAACAUCCAAAUGUUAUUUUCUUACAAGGCGUAGUUACUAAAUGUAAUCCCAUCAUGAUCAUAACAGAAUUUAUGGAGAAUGGCUCUUUAGACACAUUCUUGAGGGCUAAUGAUGGCAAAUUCCGUGUUGUUCAAUUAGUUGGAAUGCUACGUGGCAUCGCGACUGGUAUGCAGUACCUUUCAGAAAUGAAUUAUAUUCAUCGAGAUCUGGCUGCUCGUAAUGUGCUUGUAAAUUCGCAACUCGUAUGUAAAAUCGCUGACUUUGGUUUGUCACGAGAAAUUGAGUCGACUGCAGAUGGCGCAUAUACAACGCGUGGUGGAAAAAUCCCCGUACGAUGGACUGCACCGGAGGCUAUUGCUUUCAGAAAGUUCACCUCAGCUAGCGACGUAUGGUCUAUGGGCAUUGUGUGCUGGGAAGUUAUGAGCUUUGGUGAACGACCUUAUUGGAACUGGAGUAACCAAGAUGUAAUUAAAUCCAUAGAGAAAGGAUAUAGACUACCCGCUCCAAUGGACUGUCCUGAGGCAGUUUACCAGUUGAUGCUCGACUGUUGGCAGAAAGAGCGUACCCACCGUCCUUCGUUCGCGAGCAUAGUGAAAACUUUAGAUAAACUGAUCCGCUGUCCUGAUACAUUGAGAAAAAUAGCACAGAAUCGCUCUGCGGACCCAUUAGCGGGUGAUACUCCUGACUUGAUCCAGUUCUCAUCAGUAGAGGAAUGGUUAGAGUGCAUCAAGAUGUCGCGGUAUAUUGAAAAGUUCCGCGCGGCGGGCAUCCUGGACAUGGAUGCCGUGGUAGACCUGACAGUGCACCAGUUGGCCUCGCUCGGCGUCACACUCGUCGGCCACCAGAAGAAGAUAAUGAAUAGCGUGCAGAGCAUGCGCGCCCAAAUCCGUGGUAGUGGCCCGUAUGGGUUCCUGGUGUAAGUGACAUUGUGGUAGUGUGCGGCUGAUGCCCGCGUUUGAGUGGAUUUGAUCUCGAAGUGCAACAACAUGCAACAGUGAUCUUAAGUAUAAAAUGAUGCAUUUUGUAUAUUUUUCUAAAAAACUGCCAUAGAGUUUAGUUAUAGGGGUAAAAGGACUUCUUUUCAUAGUGAUGUUAAGGAAAUUAUCUAUGACACUAUAUUAUGCAGCUGUUUAUAUUUCUUUAUAUUGUUUUUUUAUUGAACUGUUGUAUUUUUUUAGUUAUAACGCUUGAGUGACAGCUAUUGACUUGCCGGCCUAAUUUAAAGAAACUGACACUUAACACAGCUUUAUGAAUACCACUAUAAAAUAUAGUUACUUAUAUACAACGAAAUUAAAGUUUUAUUUGUCAAAAACUGAUUUAACUAUAUUCCACUGGGUUGAUAAUUAGAUAAUGAAAAAAUUGAAGAGAAAUUGUAAAGUGAUAAAAUAAUCUUAGUUAAUUACUAGCUGACAGACAUGACAACAUUACUUGUUUACACUGAUGUUUGUUUACUUUAUUAUUUUUUAAAUAUUUUUUGUACUUAUACAAUUUGAUACAUUCUCUAUGUGCUUACGAAGCUUAUUUUAAUAAGUUUCUUUACACCAUCAUAGUCAGAAAAGUAAAGGAUUUUUGUAAUUUUAAGAUAUAUCGAAAUUGUAGUUAGCCAAUUUUUCUGUACUCUUUUCGAGGAAUAUUAUCUGUAUAUUCAUGAGAUUUUUAAUGAAAAAAAAAGUAUAGAUGUGCUUUAGAGUGUGUUUCAUGUUUUGUUUGAUAGUAUUAACAUUGAUAAUAUUUGUGAUGUGAAUUGUGGAGCGUGUGGUGACUGGUGAGGUGACAUCAAUGUUGAUACUAUUAUUGUAAUGUACUCGAAGCUUGUUUAUGCUGAACCUCAAAAAUGUGAUUGAACUGAAGUACUUAACUAAUUUAGAAUGCCACAAAAUGCAUUUAAGUUCGUUUAUAUUUACUUAAUCCGUAUUUACAUCGCAUGUACAUAAGGCUGAAUAAUUUAGUGUUAAAUUGCUUUAAAUGUAACUGAAAAUUAUAUAAAUUUUAUAUUUUAAUAUUUUAUUUUGUGAAUUUUUGUUUGGUGUAGGUGUAGGGCACAGUAGUUUACUCCUGCAUUGUGUUCAACAUGACAAUUACAUUGAUCUUAAUAUUAUUGUUUAGGUUAUAUUUGGUUCCAUAUUGGAAAACAGGUACAAGUACUUUUUUACUUUUAACUUUCGUUUGAUCUUGAUCAUUCAUGUAACAUAUAAUUUGACUACCACUACUACACUAUCCAUGACGAAUGUCAGAAGAAAUAAUAGCUUGCAGUUGGUACGGCAGCUUCACUGACUCAGCCUGCUUGGCCCACACGUGUGAGUCUGUUGUGUGGAACACAAUGCUACAGUAAGCAGCCAGUCGUCCGCGCCCAGCCUUACACUGCCUGUAAAUGUUAUCAAUUCUAGAAUUAAUUUUGUUUACUGAACAAUCCUGUUCAUAUUAUUGUACCUAUUGAGAAAUGCCAAUAUAGUUUUAAGUGCUUGCUUGUGAUGUUACAAAGCGAAUGUAUAAAUGUUUGAACGCUUCGCGGCUUUCACAUGAGCUGAGCGGUUAUCUGAGCGACAGACGCACCACCUACCGUCUGCACCACGAACUAUAUUAUCAGUGAUUUUGUAUUUAGUUUAUAAUCAUUUAUUCGUAAUUUAAGACAUUAAGUUGAUAUUUUUAUACAAACAUAAAGUUAUGUGGUGGCAGUAGUUGGCUAGUUGGUCAAUUCUCAUAGAUGGUCAUCAAAAUUGCUCAAUUAUCCAUUUCAUCUUGUACAUUCGACAAUCACAGAAUUUUGUAGCAAACUUUUAAAUACCUAGUAAGUAUUAAAACUCAAACUGUGUAAGUUCUCACUUUUGGUUGAUGGUUUCCAAUUAGAAUGUAUUAUACAGAAUUGUGAUAUGUUGCUAAUAUUUAUAAAGUUUUGCCUUGUUUAACUUUUGCCUAAGCGAUUUGCGAGCCGGGUUUCUACUUGUUUGCUAUGGGACAGUAUUUAACAUCGCAAUCGAUGCUAUGUUCUUAUUGAUUUAACUACUGAUAAACAACUUGACAUUGUUAAGUUUCGCACAAGUCUGGCAAAUGAAAAGUAGACGAAAAUAUUAUUUGCUUGCUACAAUUUAAUGUAAUUACGCACUCGCCGUUGUCGUUGGCACAUGGACUCUAAAAUGCAUCGGGUUUAGGACCGAGCGGCUGCACAUUACGUAUGCAAAUUAUCUGCGGCUUAAGUUUAAUAACAUAUUUUUAAAAAGAGUCGUACGGGUGAGGUCAGGUAGUCGAACCUGUUUCGUUUGUGUAAGCAUCGCGUGCUUGAUCCUAAAUAGCGUUUUUCCGGCGGUCGCUAGUGUUUCAUACAGCGUGUGUUUAUCUCACGGUUUUAUGACUUACACUGAACUGUUUCGAUUCGACUCUUGUUUAUUUUACUUUCUUUGUCUGAUACUGGUAUUAUAAAAAGGUUUUAUUACAUAUUUUCUUUGCUUUUAAAGUCUAGCCGAGAUUUAACAUUGCUACAUAAAGCUUGUUGAAAGUGUUACGUAAGGGAUCGCGACCGCAGAUUGGUAUUCGUACGUGUAAUGGUGCAUCACGUGCCGACCGUCGUCCCCAUACAUUCUAAGUAUAUCGAUAGUAAUACAAAUGCCACUUAAAAUCCAUGUGAUUGAACUUAGUACAAAAUGCAAAUAACAUAGGUAAUUUAUCAAUUGACCUUCGUAUUUCUUAAACAAACGUUAACGCAUACGAUUAAUUGCGAUUUCAUCAUUAGUCCACCAAUUCGAAACAUACGUAACAAUUCAAUCGUACAGAAAAUUAAUUGAAAAUCUUUUCUUAUGUUUGCAGUAACUAUUUUAUGAGUAUUUAAUAGUUUGUAAACCGACCUAUUUGAAGCGAGCACAUUUAAUGUUUAUAAAACAUCGUGUAGUACUUCCAUAUUAGUCUCGAAUAAUCUUUAUAUAACUUGUUUAGUCUACCACGGCGGUCACAAACACAGGGAUGAUAUUUCAAGAGACGUAGACUACACCCACACUCCCACCCAACCAUAACAACCUGAAAAUAAGCCAGCUCUUUUGCGCAGGCUAAUACCCACGUCCAUACUCGUGUUGGGAUCGUUUUGUCUCCACGCUAAAUACCAACAUAUUCUCCGUUUUUAAAUCUAAAUUACAGUAUUUGAAAAUGUGCUUGGAAAGUCUGCAGCGAAUCUUUAGCUAUUUUCUCAAAACUCGUAUGCAUAAUAUACAUAAUUAUAAUAAUAUUCGCCUACUUGUCUUGUCUCGUUAAAAUUUGGUCUUGUUGUCUCAAGAUGGUAAAGAAUUUCAAAAUGUUCUUCAAAUCCAUGCAUAUUACAAUGGGUACCCUGCACAUUGCCACAAAUAAAACACACGUUAUAUUCUUGUGUACGUAAUUAGUUUAAUGUAUUUUAUUUUGCAUAGCCCUUUGUUAUCAUAGAGGUGAAGUUACUUCACGUGACUUCGACCGAUUCUGCGACUAUAUUACAUUUCUCAUUCAGGACAAUAAAAAGUAAUACAACUGCUGUAUGCCUAAAUCUGGAAUCAUUACUAAAGAAAACUAGUAGACUUACGAAGUAGCGGACUGCCUAGACUUCAUAAACAGCCUAUAAAUGCCUACUGCUGAGCAAAGUCUUCUUACGCGAAGAACGUUUGUGCAUUAAUCACCACGCUUGCUCGUUGCGGGUUGGCGAUUUCAAACUUAUAAUUAGAAAUUGUAAAUCCAG